AAUAACAACAGCGAAAAUGCUGCAAAACAUUUGUUUGUAUUAAUUUAAAUAUAUAGUUUUUAAGUAAAAGGUGUGAAUUAGCAGCGCCAAUAUGUUUUUGCCCGAAACAGCUGUGUUCUGCAUAACAUUGCUAGUAUAUGGCGCCAUACUAUUGCUAUUAAUUUACUAUGUGCUAACGCUGGCGGACUUGGAGUGCGACUAUUUAAAUGCACAGGAAUGCUGUCGUCGCCUCAACUUUUGGGUCAUACCCAAAUUCGGCUCACACGCGCUGCUCUGCGCCCUGCUGCUAAUCUCCGGUCAUUGGGUGAUGUUUCUGCUCAAUUUGCCCAUGGUCGUGUGGCUGUUCUAUGAGCUGCAUCGGCAACGUCGCGACAGCCUGGGCGUCUACGAUCCCGUGGAUAUACACAGUCGCGGCCUGCUGAAGGUGCAUUUAAGGAAUUGCAUGAUUUAUCUGGGCUUCUACUUUGUCAUGUUCUUUGUGGGCCUCUAUUGCUUGAUUUCAUCGCUGAUCAAGGGUGAUCCCAUCAAGCGACACGAGGAUGAUGAAAUUAUCACGGGCUUCUAAAGUCUGCCAAGUCAAUGAUGCAAGUGCUUCCAGAAAAAUAGAAACACAAAACACCGCACAUGCGAAAUAUACAUAUAUAACCUAGUCGCACAAAGCACAGUAAUCCAAAUUUUAAGACUAAUAAGUGUCGUUCGCUCAUUAUCUCAUUAUCAUUUGUCUAUUUAUUUCAUAACUAGCAUCUGCAGCCAUUUAAGCGUAUUCGAAUAAUAUACAUCACAAGUUAAAUAUAUGUACAAAAACCAAA